AUGAGCCAAAGUGAUAGCAUUUGGGGAAAGGUUCAGCUGAAAUCGUCUCCUGAGAAGUUCUAUGGGUUCUUCAGGAACCAUAUGGGCGAAUUGGUCCAUAUGUUCCCUGAUCACUUCCAGAGCUUCCACUUUUUGGAAGGACAAAACUUCGACGAUGGGAGUGUUGUGCAAUGGAAAUACCACCUUGGAUUUCCAGAAGCAGCAAAGGUACGGAUGAGAGUUAUGGAUGAAGCAAGGACCAUAAUUUAUGAAGUUGUUGAAGGAGAUGCACUAAAGCAUUACAAAGCUUUCAGAGUAAAACUUGAAACUGUUAGUGGAGACUUAAACAAAGUGGGAGCAAACUUUGCAAAAUGGACAAUUGAGUAUGAAAAGGCACAUCAAAACGUAGCUUCACCAGAAACCUACCUGGAAUUGGCUCUCCAAGUUACCAAAGGUUUAGAUGCUUAUCUUUAUCGGAACAAAAUGAGCCAAAGUGAUAGCAUUUGGGGAAAGGUUCAGCUGAAAUCGUCUCCUGAGAAGUUCUAUGGGUUCUUCAGGAACCAUAUGGGCGAAUUGGUCCAUAUGUUCCCUGAUCACUUCCAGAGCUUCCACUUUUUGGAAGGACAAAACUUCGACGAUGGGAGUGUUGUGCAAUGGAAAUACCACCUUGGAUUUCCAGAAGCAGCAAAGGUACGGAUGAGAGUUAUGGAUGAAGCAAGGACCAUAAUUUAUGAAGUUGUUGAAGGAGAUGCACUAAAGCAUUACAAAGCUUUCAGAGUAAAACUUGAAACUGUUAGUGGAGACUUAAACAAAGUGGGAGCAAACUUUGCAAAAUGGACAAUUGAGUAUGAAAAGGCACAUCAAAACGUAGCUUCACCAGAAACCUACCUGGAAUUGGCUCUCCAAGUUACCAAAGGUUUAGAUGCUUAUCUUUAUCGGAACUAA